UCUAGCGCGCACGCGCGGAAUUAAAGUACAAUGCGCUUGGCAAGUUCUUUUUUAUGUAUGCAACCAGUAAUGACAAUAAUAAUUGUGCUUUAGUUGAUAAAUUCUAUUGAGAGAUGAAUUGUAUAACGUCACGGCGGUGAUUAAAUUAAAAAUAUGUAUUGCAAAUUAGCAAGAUGUUUUUAUAGGACAGAUGCAGUGAGAGCUUUAAGUAUGGGUGAAGUAUCCACUGCACUUAGACCUUUUUAUUUUACUGUUCAUCCUGAUCUUUUUGGACAGUAUCCCACACAAAGGACUGUAAAUGAAAAUUCUUUGAAACAGCUAAGCUCGAUUUUAGAAACUCUUCAACAGCAAAGACCUAUAAGACCUACAAUAUUGCCAUUUUACUUACGUUCAAAAGAUGAAAAAGAUCUGAAGGCUGGGAAAUUUACAUUAGUUAAAAUACAACUUAAUGAAAAAGAUUUAAGGAAAACAAUUCGUUCUAUCCUACAGACAUGUGAUUUGCCUACAACAUUUGUGGAUAAAAUAGAAGAGAAAUCAUUGAAUACACAGUUUCAGUCAUCAUAUAACUCAAAAUAUUGGCAAAGUAAAUAUAGUUCAGGAGAAAAGUUAGAUUUUUCUGAAUUAGAAAAUGAUCCUAUUUAUGCUUCGAUUAUUAUGAAAAGAAAAUUAAAUAUUGAACCAGAUACACUGAAAGCAUAUCUUGAAAAACACAUAAAUGAAGUACAUGUAAAGUUAGAAGCAUGUAAAUCAGUAAGAGAAGAGGUGAAAAAAUUGGUUAAAGCAUUAUGUUUGGACUUAGGUCUAAAAAAUAUUAUAUGGGAUUGUGGUUGGAAUAUUGCUCAUUAUAGAGGUUGUUUAUUAGCUUUUCAAGCAUUAGCAGAACAUCAUCCAGAACCAAUGGAAAUUUUGAAAGGCAGGACAUUAAUAUUUGCUAAUGACACUGGAAUAAAUUUAGAAGGAAGUGUGAUGCUAAGCUCUGGCGAAGUGAGGCAUAAUUGGCUUGAUCUGAUAAAAAAUGUACAGAAGUAUGAUACUAUAUUGCAAAGAUUGCCAGCUUUUGAAAAGGCGAUAUCCACGGUCCUUCUUGAUAUUAAAGUGGGAAGACGGGUACUCUAUAUGUGCAGGAAAUUCAUGCCUAAAGUAAUGGCUGGUCAGUAUGAACGUCAACUACGACAACUUACGACUACACUAUCCGAUUAUCGAGGAAAGAGACAUUAUCCAGAUGUUUGGCCAGCAAAUUUGUCUGCAUAUGAGAUAGUAAUAGAAGCUGAAGCAGGCCCUUUAAUGCUUUCUCCAACUGGACAGUUUAUUGUACCAUCCUCUUGUCCAAGUCUUUUGCUGGUCAGUUUUAUUACAGAAAAUUUAAGCGAAGCUACCAAAAGAUUGCAUCAUUAUAACAAUAUAAAACAUGUAGAACGAGAACUUCAUCAAAAGGUUAUCAAAGAGUUAGGCUUGAUUAGUCUUAAUAAAGAUGAUAGCAUUACACCAGAUUUGAUGAUACAAUGCUGUGAACGAUUGCUCAUGCACAAAAAACCAUUAGCUCCCUUAUUAGAUGGUAUAAUGCUUUGGGUAACACAUUAUUACUCUGUUAUGAGCGAUGGUGUAUUAUGUAUACCAUGGGAUUGGAAGCUUUAAUUUAAUGUAAAUUAGGAUAAAAAAUAAUGUCAAUUUAUACAAAUAUAUCUGUUGAUUACAAUCUAA